AUGAGAUUUUUACUCGCUAUCGUAUCACUCUCCGUUUUCAUCUCAGUUGUAUUCUCAGCUCCAGGUGUUCCACUCAGAGGUACAUUGAAAGAGGAUGACAGUACUAACGUUAGCACAACAACAGCUGCUCCAAAGAAGAUAAUCGUCAGAUCUACCGAGGAAGGCACAACACCUACUGCUCCUACUACUACUCCUAGUACUACUGCUCCUACUGCCGCUCCCACUACUGUUAGUACUACCGCUCCUUCUGGCAGCGGUGUUGAUCCUACUAGCACUGAUGGAGAUGAGAAGACUGAUACUGACACUGGUAGUGGUACUACCGACGAAACAGUUACAACUACUCCUGACCCAAUGGAGAAAUGCGGUACUUCAUUCGUCAUGUGGUUUGUUAGUGGCGUUCCAGUUACAACUCUCGAAUGUGGAUCUUACACCAUGGUAUACGGACCAGUUGAGAAUGAGACUAACCCUGCAGCAAGGUAUGUCUCUGGAACAGUCACCACAGUUACUUAUGAUGCAAGCAACAAGAAGCUUAUGGUCAAUAACCAGGAGUUCGCCACUCUUUCCACUGAUUCAUCACAACCAACCACAGCUACAACAGCACCAGCAGCUAGGUUACUUGCAGAAGAUACUGUUACAGAAGCCGUCACAAUGACUGAUUUAUACACCUUCACCUUAAAGGGUGGUAAGGCCAUUAGCGUAGGCGUGCCAGCUAACCAAGACGAAAGUAAGAGAGACAAAUACAGUUUAUCCGCUGAUAACCAGGUAUUCUAUACUGGUACUGCUAGCAAUAGUGGUGUCACUAGUGGAAUAUUCAAAUUGAACGAGAAUGGUGACUUAGUUGAUCCUUCAAAUACCGUCGUUUUGAAAGAUGCUGACUCAGCCGCUUUUGGAUUCAGAUACAUCAUUCCGUCCGUAUUUGCAAUCUUCGCUGCAUUCUUCAUGUUUUAA